AUGUUAAGGACACCUGGAGAUGGCAUUGGGAUCCUAUUGCAGGUGGAAGGUGCAGAUGCCCUGGUUUGGCAUAAACAUGUUCCACUUAAGGUUUCUAUUUUUGCUUGGAGGUUGGUAAAGAAUCGGUUGCCUACAAGGUCAAAUCUGCUGGGUCGCGGUGUUCUUUUGCCUGCGGAUGCGGGCUGUUUGUUAGGGUGCGGCCUUGUCGAGACAUCUCAACACUUAUUUAUUUCUUGUGAUUUCUAUGGCACUUUGUGGUUUAAGGUGCGGUCUUGGCUUGGUGUCUCAGGCCCAUACCACAUUCAUGUUCCAGAACAUUUCUUUCAGUUCUCUUAUUCAGCAGGCGGUGUUCGAGCAAGGUGCUCCCUUAUGCAGCUGGUUUGGUUGCUUAGUGUGUGGACCAUUUGGAAUGAUCGGAAUCAAAGAUUGUUCAAUAGCACAGGUAGCUCCAUUGAUCAGUUGUUGGAUAGAGUUAAGCGGUAUUCCCUUUGGUGGCUAAAAGCUAACAAUGUUGUUUUUGUUUUUGACUCCCAACUGUGGUGGUCGAGUCCUCUUACCUGUUUGGGACUGACCUAA